AUGACUCGUACUUUCUUCGUUGGUGGUAACUGGAAGAUGAACGGCUCCGUGAAGGAGUACCAAUCGCUCAUUAACCAUCUCACUGAGUCGCAGCUUGACCCCAAGACCGAGGUCGUGAUCGCCCCCCCGGCUCUGUACCUGCUCCCCUCGAAGCCCCUUGUGAAUGGCAAGAAGAUCAGCCUGAGUGCCCAGAACGCUUACUACAAGCCCUCGGGUGCUUUCACCGGUGAGAUCUCGGUUGCCCAGCUGAAGGAUGCCGAGAUCCCGUGGGUCAUCCUUGGUCACUCGGAGCGCCGCUCGAUCUUUGGCGAGCAGGACGAUCUCAUUGGGCAGAAGACGAUUGCCGCCCUGGAGAGCGACCUCUCUGUCAUUCUCUGUGUCGGUGAGACCCUUGAGCAGCGCGAGAAGAACGAGAGCAUUGACGUCGUGAUCCGUCAGCUCGAGGCUGCCACCAAGGACGUGAAGGACUGGAGCAAGAUUGUCAUCGCCUACGAGCCUGUCUGGGCCAUUGGCACAGGCAAGGUCGCCACUGCCGAGCAGGCUCAGGAGGUGCACGCUGCCAUCCGCCAGUGGCUCGGCCGUGCCCACGGCGACAAGGUCUCCGAGGGCGUGCGUGUCAUCUACGGUGGUAGUGUGGCCGCUAAGAACUGCAAGGAGCUGGCUUCGCAGCCGGACAUUGACGGCUUCCUCGUUGGUGGUGCUAGCUUGAAGCCGGAGUUUGUUGACAUCGUCAACGCUCGCCUCUAA